AUGGAUUUUCAUAACUCUACCGUUUAUGCAAGCUCUAAUCAUAAUUUAACAAACCUCGCUUCUAAUGAAAAACAAGUUCCUUUAAUUACUCUCUCUCUUUCUCUAACAAAAACUACUAUUGCCUCUACUAUUCUUCCUACUAUAACUCCGUUACCUUCUUUAAACCUUACUCCUGAUGAGAAAUGG